GUUUUGCUUGCUCGCAGCGUUCUCACUCUUGACGCUCGACGCGUCGACCGAGCGCACAUGGACGGUGGUUCUUUGAAGCGAAAGCGUGCACCCGAUGUCCCCACCCUCAUAUACUCUGCCCCGGGUUAUAAUCGGUUCGCUAAGCUCUUCACUGAGUCGUCACUCCUAGAAAUCAAGGAGAAUGUUCGAAAGCGUCUCAAACUACCAUCUCUCGCCUCCUUCACGCUAUUCUACGAUGUUGAUAUCUCACUCGAAAACGAGGAUGAUUUUGCUGCUUUCGAUGCCUUCGCGCACUCCUCUUCGUCGUCAGUCAGUGUCGCAGUCAAAAUUGCUUCAACAGAGGAACUUCGAUCCGUCGAACAGCCCAUACAGCCCGCCGCAGAAAAGGCAACCGACUCGGCUCCGGGACCAGCUGCAGAUGCCAUCCAAUCUUCUGGACCCACUGUUGAAGAUGCAGCCGCUGAUCCGGCACAUGGUCAUACAAAGACACAGACUAAGAAACGCCACCACAGCGAGAUGAGCAAGGACUCUGAUUCGAUUUCUGGCCCGCCAGAAGCUUCAAAAUCUGCAACCCCAUUGCAUGAGCCCCCGAAGAAGAAAAGCAAGAAAGCAACAAAAAACAAGACAGUCCAAGAUGUCUCCGCCUCUAUUGCAACUGUUAUGGAAGAAGACAUUCUCCCUUCUGUUGCUCCAGAGAAACCCAAGAGAGAGAAGAAGAAGAAGAAGAAACAAUCUGAAGCCGUUGACCUCAAUAGCACCGGUGACGGAAAAGAGCAGCACGCCAACGACAUAGUCUCUCCAGGAGAAUCAAAUGCGGCGCUCCCCAGCGCGACCAAACAACCGCAUGGCACGAACAAAGCGAAGAAAAACUCUCGGCAGGAUGAUAGUAGAAAUCCGUAGUCAACCCAGCCGAGCUUCAGGAUUUUUGGAAAGAGAAAUUCGCCACUCCAGUGAUCUCUCCAACCAUAGUCGCGCCUGCUGAGGAAUCGGCGUCAGCAAGGCUCUCGAAAAAAGCCAGGGUGCCCCGCACAUCGUCCCCUGGUUUGGUCCCGAGAAACUGUGACAUCUGCGCACAAUCACCCGUGCAUAAGCCCGACCAAUGUCCAAUCGUUCUCGCUGGUCCUUCUCGCAUGAAGCAGCGGAUUCGAGAACUGGAAGUGGCAGAUGCGUCCGCGCACUCGAAAGUGAUCAACGAGCUCCGUGCCCUGGUCCAGAAGAGUGACAAGAGCAACGUGUCUGCACGCAGUGCGACUGCACAUGCCCUCGAAGCGGAUCGCGUGUGAUUGGAGUCCGUGAAGGCGCAUCGGAGGACGAUUCGAGCGACCCAGAACCUGCUUUAGUCAGUGCUCGAAAACGUGGGCCAGUCGUGGAACAUCUUGACCCGGAGUUGGACGCUUUGAUUCGAGAUCCUAUGCUGUCGAGUGCAAUUUUGGAUGCAAUGGACUUUGAUGACGAGGAAGCAGAUUGCGAGAGUGUUGUGCUCGAGGAGGACAACCAGGACGACCCGGCAUUCCGUCGUCUAUCUCGUCGAGUGUACGCGCGGGCGAUAUCGUCAGAUGACGAGGAAGAGAACGAACCGGACGAACCAGAGCAACCAGAGCAACCGGUCUCGAGUCGAAGAAUUGUUCCAGAGGCGAUAUCGACGGGUCCGCUUUCUGGACAUCAGUCGACUGCGCCAGACACCUUGACUACUAUCGACGAUCGUCAGCAAUCUGUUGUUGCCGACGAUGUACACGGCGAUCUUGCUGUUGAUGCCGCAAUGGCCAACGACGAGCAUAUGUUCGGGAUUCGGGACAAGCAACCAGCGCAACCAGCGCGGGUAGAACCAACUCACUCAUCAGGUCCUCGAUUCGAGACGCCUCCGCGAGAAGACGAUCCCAUCCAACCGGCCGACAGCUUCUCACCGAUACCUUCUAAGCCACCAGCAACUCCACGGGUAACGCGGCAGUCGAAAGACCGGCAGGGCAGAACACCAUUGACGCAAUUGCCUCCGCCUGUUUCCCUGAUAAACAGCGCAAUCGCGAGCUCUCCUUCUCUGGUUGACAGCGCCGGAGACACUUCGACGACCGUUCUUGGUCGUCGAAUGACAAGGACGCGCUCCCGUACCAUCACCGAACCUGCAUCUGUCGAUCCGCCGAAGCGGAAGCGGGGCCCAAACAAGACACCCCAGCAGCGGGAAGAGGAGGCUGCCGCUAAGGCUGCGGCGAAAGAAGAGAAGGAGCGCGCGAGAAAGGAAAAGGCCGACGCGAAGGUCGCUGCCAAGAAAUCUGCAAACCAGAAGAAGAGGAGCGAGGCUCAGAACCGAGUCGAGGAUAGCACACAGGACGAACAGAGCAGGGAGGAGCCAACCACCGCAGAACAGCCAGCCAACGCCGAAGAAACGCCUUCUGUGCCACAGAAUACAUGGGUUACACUAAACCCAGCAUCUUCGCCUGAACGGACGCGUGACGAAUCCAUGCGUGACGAGCUCCGCUCUAGCAGUGCCCCUUCGGAGCCAGCUGGGCUGUUUUUGCCAACGGAAAGUCAAGAUAUGGGGUACCCUUAUUCGCAGUGGAACGAGAGCCAAGGGAAUCAGGCCGUGCCGCAAGAUGACUCGGAUGACGAAGACGACGAGGACGAGGUCGCUGCUUCCAUGCAAGCAUCUCAGCGCCAGUAUCGGGGUCUGAGCGAGAUGAUGCGCAGUCAGCCACUCGGAUUCGGUCCCUCGGCCCGCCAGCCCGCCUUGCUUCCUUCAACAUCUGCGAAGACCAAGAACACCAUCAAUGACAUGUAUGGCAGGCAGCCCGACGAUGACUCCAGCAGCGAUGAAGACUCGGAAGAUGAAAAGCCAUCUCACAUCCCGAAAGGUCGCCGAGCAGGCGCCAAGAAGUAACCGCUACCAUCCUGCAUAGAUAGAAGCAUAACCUAUCAUUAGCCUCAGUACAUAGUUUCUUGAAAAGUAAUAAUCGCCGGCAGCCAUCUGUAACGACUAGCCCCAGCCUGUGAGCCGCCCUCACACCGGACCAAGUCACAGGCCCUCACUGCCACUGUCACGCCGGCCAGUCACGGCAUUAUACUUGACGUGAUCCAAAAUUUUCAUUCUUGACUCCCUCAUCGGUUGAUGGUCUUCACCCAAAACACACGCGACGAUUAUAUCAGUGACCAAGUCUUCACUCUCCUCAAGUAAACUUCCUGUGCCAUGUUUUCCCGCCACAUUCUCCUCACUCCUCGAUUCGUGCGCGGACUCGCUACCCACACUGGACCCUUAACAGCCGUGCCCGCUGCCCUACAUCUCAAAACUGGGCAGUCCUUCAUGGGACAAUCGUUCGGGUCUCCCAAGAGCAUAUACGGAGAGACCGUAUUCUCAACCUCCAUCACCUCUUACACUGAAUCCAUGACCGACCCUUCCUACCGCGGACAGAUCCUUGUUUUCACUACUCCCCUCAUUGGCAAUUAUGGAGUGCCUGCCAAUACCGCACCCUUCGACUCGCACGACGUUGGCGUGGUCCUCGAGUCACAGCGCAUUCAAUGUGCCGGCGUCAUUGUUGCUGACGUGGCACAGAGAUUCUCACAUCAUUCUGCCAUCGAGUCUCUCGCGGCUUGGUGUAAGCGACACGAAGUUCCCGGCAUUACCGGCGUCGACACGCGUGCCAUCACCCGCCUCUUGCGUGAUCAGGGUACAACACUGGGGCGUAUUGCCAUUGGACAGGACACGCUGGCCGCACCACCCGACAGCGCCGAAUACUGGGACCCCUCGAAAGAGAACCUGGUCGACCAAAUUUCCACGAAAGAACCAUAUGAACUAAACACCACGGGUGACGUCAAGAUCGCUGUACUUGAUUUCGGAGCCAAGGCCAACAUUCUGAGGUCCUUGGUCCGCCGAGGUGCAGCGGUCACCGUGCUUCCUUGGAACUACGACUUCAAUUCCGUUCGGGAUCAGUUUGACGGCCUGUUCCUGACCAAUGGACCCGGAGAUCCUUUGCAUUGCAUGGACGCUGCUUUGAAGCUGCGUGAGACCUUGAACCACUGGGACAAGCCUGUGUUCGGCAUCUGCAUGGGGCACCAGAUCAUCGGAAUGGCCGCUGGAUUGGACGCUUAUCGCAUGACCUUCGGCAAUCGUGGCCACAACCAACCUGUUCUCGCAUUAGCUUCUGCUGGUUCUAUCAAGGCCGGUCGUGUCUAUGUCACCAGUCAAAACCAUCAAUACGCUCUGAAGUUGCAAGACCCUUUCCCCCAAGGCUGGGAACCGUUCUUCAUCAACUGCAACGAUUCUUCCGUUGAGGGUAUCAAGUCGACGACGGAUUCCGGAAAGAAAGUCUGGGGUGUACAGUUCCACCCGGAGAGCGCCGGCGGACCGCUUGACACUAUCGAGAUGUUCACUGAUUUCUUACAUGAGUGCCGAACUGUCAAAGCAGCUAUGAGUCCUGCUGUGGACGUCACAAGCGCGGCAUCUUUGGCUCAAACUCGUCCUCGAAUGAUGGAGGCCACAGCUUAAAUUGAGCUUGUUGUAUAUUCUGGAAUCAUAUGUAUUUUGCACACUGGAGCUGAAACCUGGCGGACUGUGACAAUGACAUCAAUGUGUGAGUACCAUGUGCGAAUGAUCCUUGCUACUUAUUAGGUGAUCGUUACUUCGUUGUUACUAGUAACUACUUGCCUUCACCGACUCAACGAUAUGAACAACUUUCUGGACCCGUAUGAUCUAACAGCGGGCACGCCGCCGCAACAACCUGAGCAGAGUCUUGAUGAGGAGGUGAACGAGGUGGUCAAGUCGUUCGGGAACUUCUGGGGCAAUUUCCGGAAACAAAGCCAAACUGCCCUUGAAGCUGCGCGAAAGGAUCUCACCGGCGUGGUGACCCAAGCUCAGCAGGAGUUCUCUAAGCUCACUUCGGAAGGUCCGAAAGAUGUUCCUACUCAGCCAUCAUCUGAGAAGGCUGGCGAUGAAGUCGAGGCCGGCGAGUCUGCCCCCGAAUUGCCAUCGGCGUCGGGCUCCACGUCCUCUUCAGUCGGCUCCACUGGCUUGUUCUCGCGCCUCCAGUCGGCGUUGCCUCCCAACAUCGUUUCCACCGUCCAAAGUCGGCUCCCUGAGACUCUGAAGGACGCUUCGGGAAACAUCGAUUUUGCGCAGAUGCGCACGACCUUGUCGACAGAAUUCCAGCGUGUGCAGGGUGUGACACGGGCCCAAGCCGAGGAGUAUGUGCAGAAGAGCGAGGCGCUGUUGAAGGAAGCUGUGAAGGAGGCAGGCGAUGUGUUACGGGAUGCAGUGAAGGUGGUGCCUCCAUCCGACUCCCAGUUGACACAAGGGAGCGGCUUGGUCUGGGGUGGCACGGAUAUGUGGACGUUGCCCAUGGAUGUUACGCCUGACGCAUCUAACAAAGGCAAGAUGCGCGCUAAUACUGGGGCGGACACGCAGCUUGCGGUGGCGACUCGUGCAGAGGCACUCUUGAAGCAACUGAAACACAACCCUGAAAUCAUCAAGCUCGAUCCGGCUGCUGACGCCGAUGGCAAGGGGCUGUACGAGCAGUGGGUUGGCACGGUCAUCGUGGACGAAGCAUGGGAGGAAAGGAUCGCAUCUGCACUGACUGGACAGGACGGAGAAGCUUUAAAGGCAAACAAGGAUUCGUUGGUCCCUGCUGAAAUGACAGAGGACGUAUUUUGGUACCGAUACUUCUUCCGCGUACACCAAAUCGAGCAGGAAGAAAACAAGAGGAAAGCUCUGCUACAACGAUCGAAUGAGAACGAGGAAGACUUCAGCUGGGAGGACGAUGAUGAGGCCGCAACCUCUAAACCAUCUGUCGCCGGCUCCGCGGACGUUCAGACUCUACCCGUGCCACAGUCCGAGGCCGUAACUCCUGCUACAGCUAGCCCACGUGCCAGCAGCGAGGGAAGCUACGACGUAGUGCCCUCAGAAAAACAAAAACAGGAAGAGAAAAAACCGAGUGUUGAAACCGAAUCUGACGGGGAUAGUGAUUGGGAAUAUCCCUCAAUUUCCGCCUUUCUGCACUCAUUCAUUCGUCGCGCUGGCAGCGUUCUCGAUAAACAACUCUUUGCACCCCCUCCUCCUCAAGCAUUUCCGGAAUCCCUGCGCGUCGCGAAUAUCAUUAUGGGUAUCAGCGAGCGACGCAAGUCUAGGCCGCACACCACUCGGUCCACACGCGUGCUUUCCCGCCGACUCGUAUUCCAUGGUAUUCGGUUCAUGUGGGUAGUGGUGCUGAUUUGGGGAGAAGUAGGUGUCUACUUCUGGUCUCUCUCCUCUUGCAGAUGGCCCGACCUCCCCGAAUGGCGUCGGGUCAAACCCACACACGUUCUCCUCCUCUCGGAUCCUCAAGUGCGCCAUCCUUCCGCCUGGGACGAUCGUCCUUGGACGGGCUUUCUUGAGCAUCUACUGUAUGAGUCGAAUCUGAAGAGGAGCUGGCACGUCACUCGUCGCCUGAAUCCACAUGCCGUCUUCUUCCUCGGUGACAUGCUCUCGAAUGGCAAGUAUGCGAGAUCAGAAGCGGAAUAUAAGACCUAUUGGCGGAAGUUCCAAGCCCUAUUUACUAAAGACGCGUCCUAUUCGCAGUAUUUUUUACCAGGUAACAAUGACGUUGCCAUGGGAUUAUCGCAUACUUCACCGAAGAAUGUCCGGGUGUACUACUCGAAUAUCGUCGGUCCAUUCAACCGAGAAGUCAUCAUUCGCGAUCACGUGUUUAUAUGCCUGGACGCACCGAACUUGGUGGAUGAAGAUUAUCAGCGUUCGGGCAGUGGGCUGGGCUACGAAAAGUGGUCUCCCAUCCGUGGAGGGUCGAUAGAAUUCGUCAAAUCUGUUUCCGCAGCGGGACGACCAACUUUUCUGCUAUCUCAUAUUCCUUUAUCUAGACCUGAUCGUGCAUCCUGUGGUCCCCUCAGAGAAAAAGGGUCGAUCCGUCGAGGUGUGGGACAUGGCUACCAGAACACGUUGGGCAAGCAAACCACUGCGUUUUUGUUGAAAACACUGCGACCACUGGGAGUUUUCAGCGGAGAUAAUAGAGACUACUGCGAAUAUAAUCACACAAUAACCGUCGACCCAGCCGAUACACCGCUGUCCAUCCACGAGGUGACGAUAAAAUCCUUUUCCAAGUCCAGCCACAUCCGACGACCCGGGUUCCAAUUGGUUUCUGUCGUCGAUCCAUUGCCAGGGGGCAAGUCUUUUGCAGACGCACCUUGUCUUCUCCCCGAUACCUCCCUGAGCGGGUCCUGGUACCCUACAUUCGCAUUCGGCACGGUUCUGUUCUUGGUCCUUUUCAAUUUGCAGAGAUCCCGUCGUCUACGGCACAUGCCACUGCCCGCAGUGCCCCUUUCGCCGUUGAGCAGUGCUGCAACAGCCACUCCGCUACAUCCAAGCUCUGCCAUCUGGUCUCCGUUCACACCACCUGUGGCUUCAAGCCCUCGAUCCGCUCUGCCAUCAACAUUGCGCACUCCGAACGGGGCAUCGCCUGGACCAACGAUGCGAGCUGCGUCUCGUCCAUCGACCCCGUUGGCGACGCCUGGCGUGCUGGGGCCGACAAUGUUGUUCCCGCCUGAAGAUGAAGAGGAGGAUAGUCUCUUCCCUCCACAAUACGCCUUCCAGCGCCAAGAUCACCACCAGGAAGACUGGAGCUCACCCGAAUUCGUGCUGCCAGUCGCAGGGAAUCUCAAGCCCACAGCAUUGCGUGGCUGGUCUUGGUCUUUCUCGUUUGUCUUGGCUGGGAGAAGGAGAAGAAUGACGCUCUCCAUCCCAACUUGGGCCUCUUUGCACGACCUUGCUUCCUAUCUUGCACCUGGUGCAGAUGGGGACAUGCUCCUGCGUCGCAAGGGAAUAUGGUGGGCCACUGUCGUCGACUCUUUCGGUAUAUUUAUGCCCGCUUUGAUGAUUUGGGCGUUUGCCCUAUGGAUGUUCUAG